GACUCUAAUCCAACUCUCACUCUAUAUCGCGAGAUUUCAUAGUCUUCCUCACCGUGUGGACGUUGGUGCGGGAAGGUGUGCUCUAUGGCGGUGGCUGUUUCAGCGACUGUGUUUGAACAGUAAAAGCUCCCCCUAUAUAAUCUCUCGAGUAACCCCACAACAAGACACCCCAGCGGAGUGCAGGUGCUAGACAUAUCUCUUGACUGUACUAUAUUUCCAAAGCCAAUGGCAGAACUUUUUGGGUUCAAACCUCCUUAAGGGGGGCAGUGCACCACUCUGGAGUUCAUUUGAGAAAAGGGAGGCGAGGCUCUGAUGAUGGAGAAUGGACAGAGCACGGCCUCGAAGCUCGGCCUGCCGCCCCUUACCCCUGAACAGCAGGAGGCACUGCAGAAGGCUAAGAAGUAUGCCAUGGAACAAAGCAUCAAGAGCGUCCUGGUCAAACAGACACUUGCUCAUCAGCAGCAACAGCAGCUCACUAACCUACAGCUCCCUAAUUCCCUUCAGAUGGCCUCAUUAACCAUGGGUUUUGGAGAUCCCCUCUCACCACUACAGUCUGUUGCAGCCCAGAGGCAACGAGCAUUAGCCAUAAUGUGCAGGGUUUAUGUUGGGUCUAUCUAUUACGAGCUAGGAGAAGACACAAUUCGACAGGCCUUUGCUCCUUUUGGUCCCAUCAAAAGCAUUGACAUGUCUUGGGACUCUGUUACAUUAAAGCACAAGGGUUUCGCCUUUGUGGAGUAUGAAAUACCUGAAGCAGCACAGCUUGCGUUAGAACAGAUGAACUCUGUCAUGCUGGGCGGUAGAAACAUUAAAGUGGGACGACCUUCAAACAUCGGUCAGGCUCAACCAAUCAUAGACCAGUUAGCCGAAGAAGCGCGCGCCUUCAACCGGAUUUACGUGGCGUCCGUACAUCCAGACCUGUCAGACGAUGACAUAAAAAGCGUGUUCGAAGCCUUCGGAAGAAUCAAGUCCUGUAUGCUGGCGCGGGAUCCCACCACGGGAAAGCACAAAGGCUUUGGUUUUAUAGAAUAUGACAAGGCCCAGUCCUCGCUGGAUGCCGUGUCCUCCAUGAACCUCUUCGAUCUUGGGGGCCAGUACCUGCGAGUGGGCAAAGCCGUCACGCCUCCAAUGCCCCUUCUUACGCCAACCACGCCAGGCGGCCUUCCUCCUGCCGCAGCUGUAGCGGCAGCGGCCGCCACGGCCAAAAUCACCGCUCAGAGUUUUUACAUGCAGAAAGAUAACAUAGCGUGUAAACUCCAAAAACAGAUGGCAUGGAAUCUGUCCCAGCCGGAGAAUCGGACAGAAGAAUUCCUCAACUGUCUGGAAGCAGUGGCGGGAGCAUCGAUCCUGGGAGCAAUGUCCGCUGGGACGGGCUUGAGCCUGCCCCAGAUCCCUCAGGCCGUCAUGGCAGCUCAGGCCCCAGGGGUCAUUACAGGGGUGACGCCAGCCCGGCCCGCUCUGCCUGUCGUGCCUCAGGUGGGUCUAGUGAACCCGGUGCUAUCCUCUCCGCCAUCACUGUCAGCUGCGGUAGCUGCUGCUCAAGAGGCCAAAAAGGAGAAGGAGAAGAAGGAAGAGGAGGAAUCUGCCCAAGACGGCACGGGACAGGAGAUGCUUAGUGAACAGGAGCACAUGAGCAUCUCGGGGAGCAGUGCAAGGCAUAUGGUCAUGCAGAAACUGCUGAGAAAACAAGAGUCUACGGUUAUGGUGCUCAGGAACAUGGUUGGCCCUGAGGACAUUGAUGAUGAUCUGGAAGGAGAAGUCACGGAGGAAUGCGGGAAGUUUGGCGUUGUUAAUAGAGUGAUUAUCUACCAGGAGAAGCAGGGUGAGGAGGACGAUGCUGAAGUCAUAGUCAAGAUCUUUGUGGAGUUUUCAGUGGUAUCAGAGAUGAACAAGGCCAUUCAGGCCCUUAACAAACGCUGGUUCGGAGGUCGGAAGGUCAUUGCCGAGGUGUACGAUCAGGAGCGAUUCGACAACAGUGACCUCUCUGCAUAGACUGUCAACAGCGCAUCCUGCCCUUCGUAACCUUUCUCUCCACGUCUCUUUAUCUCACUUAUACAGACACAGCUGCCAAUCCCUGUGGCAUUGGCUUCUCUUUAUAACUUGUAAUUAUUUUUUAUCGAUGUUGAUAUUAAUGUUAUUAAUGAUCCCUUCCCGGGACAGAGGCAAGAAUACGCUCAUGAAUAUUUUUUUUAUUGUUGCUGUUCCACAAUGUGAAUGACUGGAUUCCCCUCCCUUUUUGGUUAUUGGUUAAACCUCUCCAAAGCCCCUCCCUCCCAUCAGAUAAAGUUCAGUUGCUUUAUCUUUUGCCCUUUUAUCCCUCAAAAGUAUUCACAUUAGCCUGUUAUGAUGCUUUUGGUUUCAGAUGCCAGAACAAUAAAUAAAAGUAUGACA